UUGAUUACCACAGCCUUCUAAUACGGAGCAACCUGAAAUGGGUGCCAAUGUUUUAUUACAAAAAUGCCAUACUCAUGUUUCAAGAAAUGAGAUUUUUCAAUCACCAAUACUGGCUAAUAAAACAGGCUGAUCUAAAAUCGACUUCUUCAUUUUCGAUUGCAUGUGAUCCAUUCUGUGAAAACUGUUGCUGUUGCUGAAUUACGAUUUAACUUCCUUGUUGACAUGGAACCGUUUGAAAGUAGGUCGAUGUUUUCAUUUCCUCUUCGAAUUCAAGUGAAUAUUAUGGAAGCUAUUAUCGUUGAUUGUUAAAUUUCUAUGACUACUACCGCUGUAUGGAUUGAAAUCGCAAGAUGAUGGCUGAAUGAAGCAUAAAAGAGAUCAAUCCGUAUUCUAUUUCAGGAAAAUUAAUUGCCUUGGUUUCUGGUUUCAAACAGCAACACUUUUUUCUUUGUCAUGGAAGUACAGUGGAAUAUUCAAUUCAAAUUAUUUUGGCUCACAUACACACUGUCAUCAGUAUCAGCGGCUGAUCCAGGAGAACUGCUUGCAAACAAAACAAAGUCAUCACCAAGUCACGUGACAUCGCUGAAAGGCUCAUCACUGUGCUUAAAGUGGGGCUAUGAGUAUGGUGGUGAUAUUCCCAGAAUAAUAGUCUACAGAGAACAAAUAAUUGGAUUUAACAGUUCUUCACAGGCAGCACUGCAACCUGUGGCAAAGAGGACAGGAGCAAAUGGUAUGCUUCAGCUUGUGCCAACUGUUCCAGCACCAUUCUCUGGAAGGCUCACAGUAAUACCAUUCAACGAUACACUGGUGAUCAGAGGAUUGAAGUACAAUGACACUGCUUACCAAUUUGCAUCAUAUAUUAUUUUAAACAUUACUUUUGCUGGUACAACCACCUCAAAUAUUGGUUACCUCAUACCAGUUGUCAAAAUUACAAUCAACGGAGUACCAGAAUUCAUCACACCACCUCCAGCUACAGUUGAAGUGAAUGAAAAUUCAAACUUAGAAAUAGCAAUUGAAAUGGAUGGAAACCCUGCACCAUCAGCUGAUUUUUUUUGGCCUCAUAUUGGUGAUGGUGGUACAACUGUUGCUGGUAGCCAAAUCUACCCAUAUGUUUAUUCAGCAAAGUUUUCACGUCCAAAUAUAGCAGCUAGUUAUUGUGGAAGAAUAUUGAAAUCUUCAGUGAAGAACAGUAUUGGAUUAUCACUUGCCAAAGACACCAAUGUCACUGUUUUACUGAAACUUGACGGCAAUCCAAAUUUGCAAGCAGGAAAGAUAAUCGUAGACAGUUGUGUCGAAGUGAAAUGGACGAAGGCCGAAUCUGGGGCUUGUUACGUGAAAUAUGAACUGAGAUUGAAGGAUGCCUCAGGGAUUGUUGUUUAUACUGAAACUGGAUAUAACAUAGAUCAAAUAAAGAAAUGCAAAAUUCCACGAAAUGUGAAUAUCACUGAAGUUGAAAUGACGAUGAGUUUCAAGAGUACUUCAAAGGUCUUCACUGCCAAAGUCGCAGAAACACCCAUCCCAACAACACUACUGCCGACAACUUCAUCGAAAACUUCAAAAACACCGGUAGCAAGUUCAAGUGAACCAACAACGAGAACAGGCACGGCGCACAAAUCAACAGCUAAGGAGAAGACAAGUGUUCAGCCAACAGCAUGUAAAGAAAAACAAGUGAAUAGCGAUGAAGAGAAAGACAACAUAAUCAUAGCGCUUUCAGUAGUGGUUGCAGUCUCAUUCAUUGCCAUGGCAACAAUGGUGAUCUGUCUCAUCAGAAUAAAAGGGAAACAAACACAAGCUCAAGACAAUGGAAAUAAAAGGAAUAUACAGCCAAAGGAGACACAUUACAUGGAUCUUCAGGGACAAACUGCAAGAACAGAUUCAACUUACGCAGGCUUGCAAUCACCAUACGAAGAGAUACACGAUGCUGCUCGGAAUUAUGAAAAUACGAAGCACCUUUCAAGCGUUUUAUGAGCUCAAACUGUAAUCUUGUCAAUAUAAAAUUCUUAGAUCGAUAUUCUUCAUAUCUUCUAAACCUCUUAGAUCGAUAAAUUUCUGUCAUUUUUUAUAAAAAUCGGAUAAUCAUUUUAAUAAACAUAAACUUAAUAAUUAAAGAUUUCAAGAGGCAAAUGGAAAGAAGUUACUUGAAUGGCAUUUUGUUGCUGCUCUUUUACAAAGAUCAAAAACAGUACUAACCUUGAACAAUGCUAAAUGUUGUUUUACGCCAAAGCAGUCAACAAGAAUAACUUUCCCUCAACGAACCAAAUAUGAAGAUAUCAGUCUGUUUUCGACACCUUCGUCAUUUCUUUACAUGACAGUACCAAUCAGUCAAUGCGUGAAAUGAUUUCUCUAGCACGUGUGUACGCUUUCAUUUAUUCUAUAACCAUUCCCCAUCUACAGACUACAAGGGGUCAGGAUCCAUAAAGUCCUGAAGGGACACAGAAAAAACAUCUUCGUUUUAUUCAACUGCCCAUUUCUAUUUUACCCUUAAAAAUUCCGAUCAUCGUUAAUAAAAAGCAUUUUUCUAUCCCGUUUAUCUCUUUACUAUCGGCUCAAACCUUUGACUUUAAUUUCUUAAACCAUAUUUUGGUUGUUGCUAGAAAUUCGUCAAGAAAUUUUUUUUUGUACAGUUUUAUUUCCUGUUCCAUUGUUUGGAAGCUCUUUUCACCUUUUGGUGUCUUUCUUCCAAUUCUACUUGUCGCUUUAGUUGUUUAGUUAGCUAUAUUCUUACUUUUUGUUAGUACUUUCUAAAAUAUUCUUUUUGUUAGUGCUUUCUAAGAUAUUUAAGAAAGAUUAACUGACCAGCAAGAAAUUCUAUAGGCCAGUCAGUAUGUUGCCUUAAAAUAAAAUUAUUUGAGAGAAUCAUGUUCAAACAACCAUACCUUUUUUUUGUCAUCUGCUAUCCCCACUCCUUUGUGGCUUUCGUAAAGGUUAUGGAACCCAACACACUCUUUGUUAGUGCGAAUAGCCCUUGGACGUUGAAUUAAAGUUAUUUUAUCUAGCCUCGUUUUUACAUUGCAUUGUUUUCUUUACGUCUCUUAAGGCUGAUUUCCACUAGGCGAAUUGUUUCGCGCGAAUCGAAUUUUUGCCAAUGUGAGCAUGCGUGGUGUCAUGUUCUCAGAUUUCGCAGCGAAAAAAUUCGAUUCGCAGAAAGUAGAUCACGGUCCUACUCUAUCGCUACGAAUAUUUA